UGAUAAAAAGUCUGGCAACACAUUUUGGGUAACCGUUACCCAAUAUAUUGUCGUCCAUUUGGGCUUGUGGUUGGAGUGAGGCGGUUACCAACUGGGUGGUUUUGCUCCUCCUCUGUCCUCCUUCCGUGGUUUCCUCUGAAUUUCAGAUAUUUCUUCUUCUACCUGAAAAUUUGUUAAGUCCCAGGGCUGAGGGAUGGAUGAGACAUUUUCACACUUUCCUUUUUCUACUUGGUAUGAUGUAGUAUUUGAUUAAUUUGGUAGAGCGGGGGGAGAGAGAGAAAAAAAAUGGGUGAAGUAGUGGUGAGCAGUGAAGAAAGCAGCAUGGAAUUGGAAGAGAAAGAGUCAGGUGGGUCUGUUGUGCGGCGGCGGAGGUUUAUGCCUCCGGUGGUUCUAAGAGUCUUGUUGGUUGAAGCAGACGAUUCUACUCGACACAUUAUCUCCGCACUUCUCAGGAAAUGCAAUUACAAAGUUGCUGCUGUUUCUGAUGGCUUAAAGGCAUGGGAGCUACUGCAGGGAAGACCUUACAACAUCAACCUAAUAUUGACAGAAGUGGAGCUGCCAUCAAUAUCUGGAUUCGCCCUUCUUACCUUGAUUAUGGAGCAUGAGAUCUGCAAAAAGAUUCCUGUUAUAAUGAUGUCCUCAAACGAUUCACUUAGCAUGGCUUAUAGGUGCUUGUUGAGAGGUGCUGCUGACUUACUUCUCAAGCCUGUCAGGAAAAAUGAACUGAGGACUUUGUGGCAGCAUGUUUGGAGAAGACAAGCUGCAACUGGUGGUGGACAUGGAACCCAAGAUGAGAGCGUUGCACAAAAAAAGUUUGAAGCCAUGGCUGAAAACAAUGCUGCUAGUAAUCAGUCAAGUGGUUUUAUGGCAUGCAUUCAGAGAAAUAGGGAGCACAUUGAGAAAGGAAGUGAUGCUCAGAGCUCUUGUACAAGGCCAAAAUUGAAAGCUGAGAGAGCGUGCAUGGAAAAUAUGCUGGACCUCUCACAGCCGAAGUGCAGAAAAUCUCCUGCCAGUGACAUGAACAUAGAGACGCGCAAAGAAUGUGUGAAGAAAAUGCUGAGACAUAAUGGUGAAGCAGACGGACCAGUAGCAGCUGCUUGCAAAGAUGUCUAUACAAUGAUCAAGGGAGAAGAGGUAGAACCUAGAAGUCAAGAAGAGCAUGCUAGCAUUACUGAGGCUUGUGAUAAUAGUCAUGCUCUUGGCAACUCUUCUAGAGAAACUGCCGACCUGAUUGGAUCAUUUGAUAAGAAUCCAAAAUCCAGUUAUGGUGGCUCUGAUUCACAUAAUGGUAUAAGCAAGUCUGAUUCUUCGCCACUAAGGGGUCUGUCCUUGAGGAGAUCUCAUCCUAGCGGUUCUGCGAAUGGAUUUAUUAAUGAUAGGCAUACAUCGAACCACUCUGAUGCCUCAGGCUUUUUACAGUAUAGUCACAUGGCAAUGCAGCCCCUAAAUGCAGCAUCCGCUAGUGUUAGUAAUCAAAAGGAAGAAUAUGGAACGACCGUUGAUAAACAGUUAUCUAGUCACACUCCUUAUUACAACUUUGAUAAUCAUCGUGCCAUUUUAAGUGCUCAAAGAAAUAUGGUCCCUCCAUUUGCUAAUAAAUCUGGACAUGCUAAAUUUGCACCAUCAUGCCCUCAACACACAGUAUUUCCUGUCUCGGUUCCACUGAGAGGUACAAGGUUUGAGUGUCUCUAUGCUGCCCAUGGUUCUGCAGCGUCACCAACGUUUAGCACAGGGUCAGGCCUCUUGCCAUCGCGGGGUCCUGGUUCAGCUAGCCAUCAGGAACCCUCCUUUCAAGCAAAUCCAUUUUAUCUUUCCAAUCCUGAAACAAGGAAAGCGCAACAGUUUCAUGAUCUGCAGGAUCAAAACACCAACAAUUCCACCAACCAGUCUGAGCACAAGCAGGGGCACAAAUUGGAAACUUUGGAGGAUUGGGCUUAUUUUUUUUCUGCCUCUGAUCCAAGUGCGAGUAGUAGUUCCCGUAAUGAUGCUGGAAGUCCUCGUAACCACCUUGGUUGUGGAAGCAAUGACAAUGUAAAUUCAAUUCCUACUGUCAGGACUGCUGCAGAGAGCGGGAAUGAAGAAUUUUUCUUGAUACAUGAUGGAUACUCUCACCCAUCUGUCCAAAGAGAAGCUGCUCUUGCAAAAUUCCGCUUGAAGCGGAAAGAUAGAUGUUAUGAGAAGAAGGUACGAUAUGAAAGCAGAAAAAAACUUGCAGAACAGCGUCCCAGAGUGAAAGGACAGUUUGUUCGUCAAGUGCAUAGGGAGGGCUAGUUACUGACAGCAACUUCAAUAACAGAGCAGCACAAGGAUCCAUGAUCAAUACCUUCCUCCUCCGGUAUUCUUGAAGCUCAAGCAACAGAAUGGUGAUAGAAAGUACGAGGAAAUCCAAGGCUUCUAGCUUCACUUGCUCGUUCAGCUCUCCAUAUUGAAGGGAUUAUUAUCCAUCCCUUGCAGGUUAUCAAUAUAAUUUUAACAAUGAAUUCCUGGCAUUUUAUGAGGCCCUUCCCGAGCUAUUCCAAUUUUUCCUUCUCUUCAUAGUCCAUAUAUAGGUACAGUCUUUCUGUGAUUCAUGCAUCACUUAGGUCUUGUACUUGGUGUAACUCAAAUUCUUUCAUCAGACUUUACCUACAAUGUAAGCCAAGCAUGAAUCUUGAAAUUACAGCUUCUGACACCAUUUUUGCAAUAUCUUGUGUAAACUGUUUGGCCUGCAAUCUUCGUUGCUUCACAUAAAUUACAAGUGUUUUGUAUGGAUAUAAGCGGGAAAGAACAGUGAAACCUGUAGAUGGUAAAAUCAUUAUUGUCAAAUAAUGUAAAAGAGCUGAAGCUUUAUUUUCACAGUAAACUUUCAGUAUUUAAUAUAGCAAGUGAAAUCGCCUAUUUGU